AUGCAUUGCAUUUAUGAGUUGCUCGCGAAGAAUGAGGGCAAAGGUAGACACGGCACAAGUCGUCGGUCGUUUUGCAUAAUUUUUAUUUAGCUAAUCGCAUUUUGUCGGCAUUCACUGGGUCCGGAGCAAAUCUGCAGCUUGCAUGCUCCCGAGAGCCGCGAUCACCGGGCCGCUUUAAAGUCUAUCAAGUGCCACUCGCAUAGCAGCUGAAUCAAAAUGGACCCCAGAUAUGGGCCUUCCUCAAUAGGGUCCCCUUUUCCAGCGCCUGCAAGACCGCAGAUGCCGACCCUUCCCAAUGGUCAGCCCCCAUGGGGCCAGCCUUUACAAGCACCGCCUCCGCCUGUGAACGGGCACCAAGUGAGGCACCCCCAGAGUGGGCCUUUUCCUCCUGCUCCAUCCUCUGUCAACGGCCCGCCUCCUCCUUUCAUGAACGGACCUCAAAAAAAUCCUCCGCAGUUCCAAAAUGUGAGGCCAUCUCCAGUUCCCAUGGAUUCCCCAAACAGAAAUUCGCCGUUGAUGAUGGGCAAUGCCAAAGACAUUGCUGGAACUCAGCCACCAUUCGCUGGACAACCGCAACCACCACUCGCAGGACCCCCACAGCCUCAAUUCUCAGGACCCCCCCAGCCUCAAUUCUCAGGACCCCCCCAGCAGCCGAUGGGUUUUCAACCAAUGACCAGUCCUCGACCGCCCACUUUGCCACCUGGUCAAAAUGCUCCCUACCCUGGUCAAAACUCCUCCCCUGCACUGGGAGGACCGCCUAGGCCUCCACAAAGCCUCGGAGGACCCCUUGUGAGAAUGCCUCCGUUCUUAGGACCCACCUCUCCACAGGGCCCCCCGCAAACAAACGCAGGUCCACCAUCAAACACUCCUUUCUACAACAUGCACACACCCAAUCCUCCCAUCUCGAGCCCUGUUGCACCACAAAUGCCUCCUCCAUCAAGUCAGGUGCCACCUCAGCCAACGAGUGCGCCGACGUUCUCGCCAAUGCAGCAGCGACCACCCGCGGGCAACCAAAUUCCUGCCCCGAUGGCGAAUCGGUAUCCACCGCAGCCCCAGCAAGUUCAAUCACCUGCCUACCCAAAUCAUAGAGUGUUCCCUCAGCCCACAACACAAUCUAUGGACGGGCUGACGUCGCAGAUGGGCUCCAUGUCCGUUACUCAACAAGGCUUCAAUAGACUUUGGGGCAACAAUAUGGAUUCAUACGACUUGCUGCAGAAUAGGAACAUUUUGCCACCAACCAAAAUAGAGGCGCCCUCCAUCAAUCUUCAGCACACGUUUGUUGACGCCCAGAACUGCAGUCCUGAAAUUUUCAGGUGUACCCUGACUAAAAUCCCCGAGACCAAAUCCCUCUUGGACAAGUCACGCUUACCUCUUGGAAUACUAAUUCAUCCUUUCAAGGACCUAAGUCAACUUCCCGUCAUUCAAUGUAACACUAUCGUUCGGUGUCGUGCUUGUCGGACGUACAUAAAUCCAUUUGUCUAUUUUAUCGAUCAUCGUCGGUGGAAGUGCAACAUCUGCUUCAGAGUCAAUGAGCUCCCUGAUGAGUUCCAAUACGACCCUGUCAGUAAAACAUACGGCGAGCCUUCCAGGAGGCCUGAGGUCAAGUCUGCUACCAUUGAGUUCAUUGCCCCUUCAGAGUACAUGGUGCGGCCUCCACAGCCUGCGGUUUACCUGUUCGUUCUUGAAGUGUCGAGAGCAGCGAUAGAGACGGGAUACUUGAAGCUAGUGUGUGAUAUUCUCCUGGCAGAGUUAGAUAACCUGCCUGGAGAUAGCAGGACUCAUGUUGGCUUCAUCACCUACGACUCCUCUGUUCACUUCUACGAACUCGUAGAAGAUGCUCAAAAGCCUCACAUGAUGGUAGUUGGCGACAUCGAUGAAAUCUUCCUCCCGUGUCCUGCAAAUCUGCUUGUAAACCUGCAUGAAGCGACAGAUUUGGUUCGAGAACUGUUGAUGGAUUUGCCCAACAAGUUCCAAGGAAACCCAGAGCCCAGCUCAGCCCUUGGAGCUGCACUGCAGGCAUCUUACAAACUCAUGUCCUCAACUGGAGGACGCGUCACCGUUUUCCAAGUCACUCUGCCUGGAUUAGGCCCUGGUGCUCUGCAAGCUCGAUCGUCAGGUGGCGCUAAGGACGCAUCUCCGUUGCUCAGCCCUGCGAUUGAUUUCUACAAAAGGCUUGCUCUGGAAUGUUCAGCAUCUCAGAUUGCCGUCGAUUUAUUCCUGCUAAAUUCGCAAUUUGCGGACUUGGCAACUAUAAGUGGAAUCGCGAGAUUUAGUGGCGGAUGCAUUCACCACUUCCCAGAUUUCCAUGUGGCCAGCAAACUGCAUGAGGAGCAACUGGAACGCUGUUUCCGCAGAUAUUUGACCAGAAAAAUUGGUUUUGAGGCUGUGAUGAGAGUUAGGUGCACAAGAGGCCUUGGUAUCCAUACAUUCCAUGGAAAUUUCUUUGUGAGAUCAACGGAUUUGCUUUCGCUGCCAAAUGUCAGCCCAGACUCGGGUUUCGGAAUGCAGCUGGCCAUUGAAGAAAAUCUGAACGACCUUCAGAAUGUCUGCCUCCAAGCAGCAUUGCUCUACACAUCAAGCAAGGGUGAAAGGCGGAUCCGAGUGCACACGAUGUGUCUGCCGAUCGCAAGCAACAUCAAUGAUGUCAUAGUCUCUGCCGAUCAGCAGUGUAUUGUUGGACUUUUAACCAAAAUGGCUGUUGACCGCUCGCAGGCUUCGUCACUAUCUGACGCACGAGAAGCAUUUAUCAAUGUUGCUGUAGACGUUCUGUCAACCUUCAAAGCGACUCAAAACAUGGGUGGUCCAAGCGGUCUUAUGGCGCCCCACAGCCUAAGACUGCUUCCUCUGUACAUUGUGGCCUUGCUUAGACAUCCUGCAUUUAGGGCUAGUUCAAACGUAAGGAUCGACGACCGAGUCUAUGCCAUGUGCCAGUUCAAGUCACUCCCACUUGGCGCUCUAAUGCAAAGUGUUUUCCCUGACUUGUACCCUCUGCACUGUCUGACUGAUGAGGGAGCUCUGGAAAUCGAAGGGAAAGUCAUCCCACAACCUCCAAGGCUACAAUUGUCUGCCGAGAAGUUUGAUUCUAAAGGGCUCUUCCUCAUUGACACUGGCGACAAUUUGAUCAUGUACGUUCUGCGCCACAUAAAUCCUGCGCUGUGCAGGGUUCUGUUGGGAGCGCCAUCAUUUGAGGCCAUACCUGAUGUGAUGUAUGAGCUUCCUGUCUUGGACAACAAGGAUUCAGAGCGGUUGCGGGCUUUUGUAACCUACUUGCAGGAAAUCAAGCCAUACCAGCCAUCCAUCCAAAUUAUCAGAGAGGACAGCAAAUACCGUAGCAGAUUUUUGCAAUACCUGCUGGAAGAUCGUUCGGAGUCGUCACUUUCAUACUAUGAAUUUUUGCAACACUUGAAAACGCAAGUGAAGUGAUAAAACGCACGUUGGGACUAAAAUUAAUCGAGCACACAUUUUGCUGGUUUGUAAGAAGAAAAAUAUCUGCUUUUUGUAUUUGGGUUGAUUCAGUUAAAAUGCUCUCUGCUGAGUGGAAUUCACAUUGAUGAUGAUAAUGAAAGUCAACCCGGCAAUGUUAGACGUGAUCAAUAUUGGUUCACCAUAUAAUUAAGACGCGAGCGCCAUGUAAUUUACGUUGUAUUCUCUGAUGUUGGGUGUGUGUUCCUUAUUUACUGUUACUGCGAUGGCAACUAAUACGUUUCCUUGUUCAACGUUGCCUUUGUUAUCGGUAUCAUUAAAAAAAUGCGUACCAAAAUUUUUGAUUCGAAUCCAGUAACUUUAUUUUAAUCAAAGACUUUCCAGCAAAUAAUGUAAAACGAAAGCGUGGAUAGUUGAUUGAGCAAUAAUUGGAAACGAUGAUUAAACCACUACUUCGAUUAUUUUGUGUGCAUGAUGUGCUGAUUGACUGGAAAACUUCGCGAGAAUGUUUUGCAUUGUUUACGAGGAUAAAUAUAUUUGCCUUAUUAUA